UUGUAUUGCAAUAAUUUAAACAGUUACAGUUGCAAACUCACAGCUGAAGCAUCGGUCGAGCGUAACGCUGCGAAUAUUUGAUAUUUUUAACAAUAUAAAAGUAAAUUAGAAGAAUAGAAAUGGGUGAGCAUCACUGGUUCUCUACAACAAUCACAGCCGACUUACCGCCUUUCGCUGUGCAAGCUGGUCAUGAUUCGGAUGGGGAUCCCAUCUAUGUUGGACGCGCAUAUCAUAAUGGCGAUAUGCUGGUUGCUAAAGUUGUGCCAAACAAAGGUCAAGCGUAUGUAGCGUGGGGCGGUGAAGAGGUGAACAAACACGAUAUUGAAAUAUUGGCUGGUCACCAUUACCAUUGGGUGCCCGAUGCAAAUGGUUCGGUGCCACCUAAUGCAAUCAGUUGUGGCCAGACUAGUCUCGGUGAGCCGUUGUAUGUGGGACGUGGUUAUCAUGCCAACAGUUUGACACCCGGAAAAAUUCAUCCAUCGCAGGGUUGUUUGUAUAUAGGUUUCGGUGGCGAGGAGGUCUCUCUUAGCAAUUACGAAGUGCUCGUGCAAACCUGGGUACAUUCGUCGCCAUAUCAGCCGGUGCCACCGGGUGCCGUUGUGGGUGGCCACGACUCUGACGGCACGCCCAUCUAUGUGGGUCGUUCAUUUCACGAGGGCGAUAACCUACCGGCCAAAGUGAUACCCAGCAAAGGUUGCGCUUAUGUCUGCUGGGGCUGUAAGGAAAUACAGAAAACACACUAUGAGGUGCUAGUGGGUCAAGGCUAUGCUUGGGUUCCUUGUUAUGGUGGUGCUGUGCCGCCCAAUGCUGUGCGCAGCGGUACCACACGCAACGGCGAACCAUUGUACAUAGGUCGCGGUCAUCAUGCCAACAGUUUAACUGUUGGUAAGAUACAUCCAUCACAUGGCUGUUUGUAUAUACCGUUUGGUGGGAAUGAAGUGCGUCUUGACUCAUACGAAGUGCUCAUCAGACAGGCUGCAGAUCAAUGGGUGCCCGCAACACCAUACCAUGUGCCGCCGAAUGCCGUCGUUGGUGGCUACGAUUCGGAUCGUGCUCCCAUUUAUGUGGGUCGUGCCAUGCAUGAAGACUACAAAUGGGUGCAUUCGUCCGCGUACGCCUCCAUUCCACCAAAUGCCGUAAUUGGUGGUAACGACUUUGAGGGCGAUACUAUCUACGUCGGUCGCACAUUCCACAAUGGUGACACUUUGGUGGCACAGGUUGUGCCUAAGAAGCAAAUUGCAUUUGUAUCAUGGCGUGGAGAAGCCAUUCCCAAGGAUCAUUUUGAGGUACUUUGCGGCACAAACCUUAUCUGGCGUCAUUGUUAUGAUCACGUUAUACCAGAGAAUGCUGUGGUUUGUGGCAAGACAGCGCUGGGUCAACCAGUUUAUAUUGGGCGUGGACAUUACGAAGGCAGUUUGAGUGUUGGAAAGGUUUCAUCAGUUCAUCGCGCCUUAUUCAUACCAUUCAAAACUGCCGAACGUCGCUUGGAAUCUUAUGAAAUUCUGGUGGAACAAAAACGCCACGAAGGAUGGGCAGUAGGUGAUACAACGCCACCACCACCACCACCAGCAAUAGAGGACAUAAAACCACCAUAUCCCGUACCGCCCAUUGUGGACGUAAAACCAUACAUACCACCACAAGAUGUGAAGCCACCAUCGGGACCACCAAAGCCUAUGCCAAUGCCACAACCACUCGCUCCACCAGCAACAACCGAUCCCUACAAUCCGCAUCCAGUUUUCGAUCCGCCGCCACCAUAUCACUCAAUCGGUGUUCCAGUUUAUCCACCCACCCCGCCAAUUCCACCUUAUAUACCACCCAGCCAGCCAGCUGGGUAUGGUCCGCAACAAUCUGAUACUUGGGUGGUUUCAAGCGCCAAUUAUACGCCACCAAAUGCUGUGUACGCCGGACACGAUACUGAUAUGUCACCAAUUGUGGUUUGUCGCUGCUUCCACAAUGGCGAUUUGCUACCAGGCAAAGCGAUACCGAGUCGCGCUUGUGCCUACGUGUCGUACGCGGGUCAGGAGAUUCAGAAAGAAAGUUUCGAAAUUCUCGUCGGUGAGGGUUACGAUUGGAUGCCGGCUUCAAAUGGUAUGAUGCCACCAGGUGCUAUAGAGGCAGGACGCACUGACAACGGCGAAAUAUUAUAUGUGGGUAGGGCCCACUAUUGUGGCAGUCUGACACCUGGUAAAAUUCAACCAUCGCACGGUGCACUCUACAUUCCCUUCGGUGGUUGUGAGCGGAGGAUUUCUAACUAUGAAGUACUUGUACGCCACAACAAUUUCUACCGGGAUGAAGCGAUAAAAAUUUGUUAUUAAAUGGUGAAAUAACAGAAUAAUUUGUCAGUAACAUAUUUUUCAUAUAUUUAACAUAUAUGUAUGUAGAUGUACAUAUUUAUUUAAUCAAUGCAGCAUUUUCAAAUAUAUACACACAUAUUUAAGCAACGAAAGCUUAUUUCACUAGA